AUGGUUCCUGCAACGCCGCUCCCGCCGCCGCCGCCGCCGCCGACCCCGACGUCCUCGGUGGCCACGCUGGACCUGGGCGACCAGCGGGAGCGCUGGGAGACGUUCCAGAAGCGGCAGAGGCUCACCUUCGAGGGCGCCGCCAAGCUGCUGUUGGACACCUUUGAAUACCAGGGCCUGGUGAAACACACUGGAGGCUGCCACUGUGGAGCGGUCCGCUUUGAAGUUUGGGCCUCGGCAGACUUGCACAUUUUUGACUGCAACUGCAGCAUUUGCAAGAAGAAGCAGAAUAGACACUUCAUUGUUCCGGCUUCUCGCUUCAAGCUCUUGAAGGGAGCUGAGAGCAUAACCACAUACACCUUCAACACGCACAAAGCGCAGCAUACCUUCUGUAAGAGAUGUGGCGUUCAGAGCUUUUACACUCCCCGCUCAAACCCCGGAGGCUUCGGAAUCGCCCCACACUGCCUGGAUGAGGGCACUGUGCGGAGUGUGGUCAUUGAGGAAUUCAAUGGCAGCGACUGGGAGAAGGCCAUGAAGGAGCACAAGACCAUCAAGAACAUGUCUAAGGAGUGAGCUCCUGCUUCUCUCUGAAAAGAAGGGAUGAUUCGGGCAGGCAACUUUGCUGUCAACACUGCACCUCGGUGGUGCUCAGGAAUGUGGCUGACCCAGGCUGCUGGUUCCGUUGACCAGUGGCCAUCUCGAUCUCUGCAGUUUGCUCCGGCUACCAGUUUUUUAGGCAGCUCUUUGUCCUUCCUCAGUGCAGAUUUUGAUGUAGGCUAGUUGACAUCCUCCUUUCUCUUCCCAACUUUUGUGUGAUCUUUUAGAAAGAUAAAUAUUUUUAACAUUAAAGCAGUUACUAUGGUUUUAA